AUGGCCAAACCGACCACCGCGAUAGCACCUCGUGACGAUUCCACAGCAGCGCCCUCGCGCCCGGAUCCACCACAUCCAAUAUCUACAAAGAGCACUUCUUCCUCAAAGUCCAACAGUGGCCACCCCGUCUCUGCUGCUGCUGCGCAAUUCCAUAGGUUCCGCUUAACAGAGUUCAACCGCGCCGAAAACCCUUCACCUGCAGCGUCUCCAUCAUCUGCGUCUGCCCCUGCUGGACAGUGUUCGAGGUUUCGCGUUACUGACUUUGUGCCCUCUCCUUGGUCCGAUACGCCCACGCCCACUACACCCGCAGCGAUGUCUCCAGUGAUGAUGAAUGGACGUUCAGCGAAUUUGAAUGGCGCUGGUGGUGUGAAUAUUAGUACUGGCGCUGGUGGUGGGUCAUCGCCAUCAGGUAAUGCAAGGCAGGGGAGUUUCUCGGUGAUGCAUAUGGACAUGGAGGGGUCGGGUCCGCAGCAAACUAGUACUAUGGUCGCAGCCGCAGCAGGCUCAGGUAGAGGUGUUUUGCAGAAGGUUGCUGUUGCCUCGCCGCAGCAACAGCAACAGCAACAGCAGCAACAGCAGCUUCUUAUGAUGUCGAAACCAGGAACUGGCAUGCAGCAGCGCCCACUGGCCCCGUCACCAAUGACUGCAGCCACCGGUACCGCUGGAGGGGCUGUCAAGCCCUUCGACCCAGCAACUGUUCCUCAAGAAGCUGUAUGGGAGCUUUCCAGGGUCCUCGGCAUAUUCCGCCAACACUCACCCGACAGCAUAGUCAAAACAAUUACGGAUGCGCUGAUGCAAUGGCCCUCCCUUGCAGAAGGCAGUCUCCUGCGGCGGAUUGGGGAGGUAUUCCCGCCGCCACCAGCGCCAGCUCCUGCUAGUCAGAAUGGAAACGCUACCCAGGAGCCGCCGAAGAAGAAGCGCGGUAGGCCACCGGGAAAGAAGGCGAAGAUGAAUGAUGGCACAUCAGCCCCUCAACUUCAGCAGCAGCAACCCCUAAUACCGCCUGCACAAAUACCAGCACCCGUGAUACUAGGUCCCACCCGAGGAAAGAAUGCGGCUGAUAAACUCGUACAAUGCACGCGAUGCCUGAAGGACUUCAAUCCCACCUGGCGCGCAACUCCAGCAUCCGAUCCCUCAUCAGAGGCGACCUGCGCAGUAAAGCACCAAUUCAAGACCUUUGAACAAGGGCUUGAAGCUGUGACUCUUCCACGACGUAAAAACAAUUAUAAAACAACUUGGAAAUGGAAGUGCUGUGGCCGUGAAGUACAGAGCACAUCAGAUCAGUUACUGAUGUGGCCGCGGAAAGAAGAUGAUCGAACUGGUGGAUGGUGUUUUGUGGGAAAACAUACUACCGAGCCCGGUGUCCGGGAAAAACUAGGUCUCAAGCCAGGCAAAGGGAGGAAGAUUAGUGAGGAGAUUGGGAAGAAGCGAAAGAAGACUUCUGACACCAAAGAAGCAGAAGUGGCAAAGAGUAGUGACAGUGAUAGCUGGGUGCUACCAGAAACUGCGCUCAGCGGUUAUGAACUCACCCAACCUUCUCCACCUGCUCAGUCGGGAUACCCACAAACCGAGUCCACAUCGCAAUCCGAUGAACCGCCUAAACGGAAACGUGGUCGUCCUAAGGGCAGUAAAACCCGCAGUAAGGUUAUGCAAAUGAGUCAGCCAGCUCUCAAAGACCAACAGCAACCCGUAAUCCAGCAAAGCACAGGCCCUGAGCAACAACUCAUGAAUGAGCAUGCACAGAGCACCCAUGAUCCUACAGGGCUAGGCGUUGAUCAGAGCUCGUUCUGGACGCAGUACACCGAGCCUAAUCUUAUAGAUGAUGAUGGCGAGGGAGAAGACGAUGAUGAAGAAGUAGAGGAAGCUGAUAACAGCAGCGAAGACCCCGCCAUCUCAACGGCAGACCUAUCGCUUCUUGCGUCCGCUACCGCGGCUAUGACAGCUGCUGUUCAAGACGCGCCUAUAGAGAAGCGGAAGCGGGGCAGGCCUAAGGGUAGUAGGAACGGGAAAAUGGCAGUGGUAGAUACCACGCAGAAGGCACUACGCAUGAAGCCCAGUACCGAGAAAGUAGUAAAUAAAAUACCGCCCCCGCCGCCUCCGCAGCUACAGCCGGUACCGGAUCCGGCAGUGACCGGUACAGACGAAGGGGCGCCGUUUGUGGGCAUGGGAGGUAUGGGUGCGAUGGACGGGUAUGGCGGGCUGGGAAGUGGUGAUGGUGGCGGAUGGUUUGGCUAA